AUGGCCAAGAUUACCUCGAUAAUAGGGGUCCUUAUGGGUGUGUUGGCCACGGCCACUGCAACCUCCAUCCCAAGUCAAUCUUCAACUGCUGCUGCUCUCUCCUCGCUGGGUGUUUCUCUCCCAGCUGGUAAUAUUCUCGUCGGAAAUGCUGGUUACACCUGUAGUCUCUUAAAUCGCGUCUUUUCCAAGAACGAGACAUUUACAGUGACCUCGCCCUAUUAUGAUGUUUUCAUCGAUGAAGCCUGGUCGCAGAAUUGCCGAUUGAAUGCGUCCUGCAUUGUGACGCCUGAUUCUGCCCAAGAUGUCUCGCUCCUGUUACAGAUCCUCAGCAUUCUGGAGACUAAAUUCGCCAUUCGCUCCGGUGGACACAACACCAACCCGGGAUUCAGUUCAAUCGAUCGCAAUGGAGUGUUGAUCGCUCUGGAGAAGUUGGACACCAUCUCCAUAAGCCCUGAUCGUGGAACUGUUACUGUCGGGCCUGGUAAUAAGUGGGAGUCUGUAUACAACUACCUCCAACCGUAUAAUGUCACAGCUUUGGGUGGUCGUGAAGUGGUUGUAGGCGUCGGCGGGUUUAUUCUGGGUGGCGGUCUCAGCACCUUCUACAACACCCAUGGUUUGGCAAUUGACAGCGUCACUCGAUUCCAGGUGGUACUUCCCAAUGGCAAUAUUGUCAAUGCCACCCAAACCGAGCAUGCCGAUCUAUACAAGGGCCUGAAGGGAGGUCUGAACAACUUCGGCAUCGUGACUGAAUAUGACCUCACCACCAACACCGGCACAAAUAUCUACUAUGAGAUAAACACCUACACUGUUGCCAACACACCCGCUGUGCUUGCGGCCUACGCGACGUAUCUUUUGGAUGCCGACAUCAACAGCAAUGUGGAGAUCCAGAUCAACCCCGGCUACACUUUGGUCUUCUACGGAUAUCUUGGCCAUGUAUCCACACCCGCAGCCUUUGAUCCAUUCUCUGGUAUACCCGUAGCCUCGACAUUGUACCCACCAACAAACGGCUCGCUCAGUGAGCUUCUUCUCACGAUUGGCGGUGCCGGACUGACUUCCGAGGGCGUAUCAUACAGUGGUACCUUCACGUUCAAGGUGACAGGGCCAACAUUCCUGCAAGAUACCUACUCGGCCUAUCUCAAGGCCGCCGCCUCUCUGCCGUCGGGUGCAGUACUCUCUUACGUGCCUCAAGGUGUGAUUCCGAACCUAGUGACUCGGGGAAAGUCGCAGAACGGAGGAAAUCUGCUAGGUUUGGAUGCCACACCUCAAAUCUGGGUGGACAUCUUCGCUCAAUUCCCAGCAACACUCAGCCAAUCUGUGGUAACGGGCACUGUGGACUCAUUGCUGUCCAAUCUCGCCUCCAGCGCAAAGUCACAGGGUCUUUUCCUCCCCUACAUCUUCGUCAACGACGCGGGUCCCAACCAGAAGCCGCUACAAUCGUUCGGGGAAAAUAAUAUCAAGUAUAUUGACACUGUGGCGAAAAGGUAUGACCCGAAGAGAAUCAUGCAGAAGCUGCAGAAUCAAGCAUACUUUGUUUCGAAGGAGUUGUAA